UUCUCAAAUCAGUUUGGUUUGGUGUGCGUAUUGUAACCUGAGGCGCGAAGCGCUUGGACGGGGUGUGGAUAUAACUUCAAGAAAUAAUAAACGGAAAUAACAACAUUAACACGUUACACGUCUUGUUGUGCGCGCAUUCAGUACUUUUCUUUUGUUUUGUUAUCUGUCUUGCCCGCUUUUGAUUCACGGAUUUUUGUGUCGCUUUACGGCCCGAGUCGUGUAUCCUUGACAACGCGAGCAACCGUCCUGGCGAAGUUUGGAUCAAGUGUUUUCCCCGAGACGUGGAAUAAACUUGUAUAUUUGAGCGCUCUAACCACUCGAAAUGUUCGCGGCGCCCUUUGCAACGAUGUUUGUCGUCUUUUAAGUAGUUCAACGCGUUUGGGAAUAUUUAACCAUGCGUCGAGGGAACCGGGACAGAGCCAAACAAUAGUGAGUAAAGAGAGCUCGCUCAUCCGGGGGAGGUGGAUGCCUCGCGGCGGCUUUGUUGUGUCCUGCGUGGAGACCUUCAGCCAGUAUCGACCGAUUGCUCGACAGGGAGCCAGGCCGGGGACACCAUGGACGGGACUCUUUCCGAGCUGCUGGCAGCCUUCUUGGAGUCGCCACUCGUGUUGUGGGUGCGAACAUUGGGUCCACUGGGGUCAUCUGACGAUGCAGGCUCGGAGGAGCGCGUCAACAUGUUCGUCGAGCUCGUGGAUGGCGUCUUCCUGCACAAGAUCAUGACACACAUUGACCCCAGCCCCAACAACCAGAGGCUGAACAAGAACGUGAACAAUGAUGUGUCGCUUCGCCUUCACAACUUGACCCUUCUCACGAGACACAUCAGGACGUACUACCAGGAUACCCUUCAGCAGUUAAUUUUGAUGCCUCUUCCAAACAUUCUCUGCAUUGCCAGGGAUCCCUUAUCAGCAAAGAGCAUGGAGGAGCUGAAAAGAAUUUUACUGUUGAUACUUGGCUGUGCUGUCCAGUGUGAGCGUAAGGAGGAGAUGAUCGAAAGGAUCAAACUGCUGGACAUUGAGACCCAGGCAGCCAUUGUCUCUCACAUCCAGGAGGUAACCCACAAUCAGCAGAAUGUUCUUGACCUUUCAUGGCUGGAGGAAGGAACAGGGCUUGCACAGGAAGAGCUCAAACCAUUGUCACGCAGCAUGGCUACAUCUCUACAGCAACUGAUUGCGGAGAGAGACAAGGCCAGUGAGGUCAUUGUAGAUCUUACACAGGAGAGGGACUACUUGUCCAGCCUGAAUCCCCAGGAAAGACAAAUAAGUAGCCCAGAACAAGUGAACACUUCUGGAGGUCUGGUAGUGAAUAACAAAGGAUCAGCCUUGACUGUGGCCAGCCUCACCAAAGAAGAGAAGCAGCAUUUAUCUGUAGAGCUCGCUGAUACGAAGGCCAAGCUUCGCAGAUAUAGACAAGAACUGGAAGAGAAGGUUGAGCAGUUGAUGGAUUCCAAACACGAGGUGGAGCAUCUAGAUCAGGAGCUUCAGAGACUUAAACAAGAGAACCAGUCGCUGUCUUGUGAGGCUCGCUCUGUACGAGUUUAUCGGGACGAGGUUGACUCCUUGAGGGAGAAAGCGGCCCGGGUCGACCGACUAGAAACUGAGCUCACCCGAUGUAAAGAGAAACUCAAUGACGUUCACUUCUACAAGACAAGAGUGGAGGAGCUACGUGAAGACACCCUGACUCUUAUGGAGACAAAGGUGUUGCUGGAGGAGCAAUUAUCAGUCUCCAGAGGGCGCUGUGAGAAAGUUCAUGCUAUGGAGAAAGACAACCUGCUACUACGGGCCAAAAUAAAUGACUUGGAAAUGGAGAGAGACAGUGAACGGCGUCGGCUAGAGGAGCUGGUGGAGGAGAACAUGCUUCUGGAGAUCGGACAGAAACAGAGUAUGAAUGAAUCAGCUCAUCUGGGAUGGGAACUGGAACAGCUCACCAAAAACCAAGACAAUUCUAACUCAGAGACCCGGAAAUCGUUUGUCCACGAGCUCAAUGAGUGUGUCUCCAGUCGUGUUUUGAAGCUGGAGAAAGAGAACAGGGAGCUGCAAACCUCUAUUGAGAGACUAAAAGAGGAGAAUCACCAUCUGCAGGAGAAGCAGCUCCAUACCCAAGAGCUAGACCGGGAGAACCAAGGUCUUGGUAAAAAGUUGGAGCAUCUCCGGGUCUUGUUGGACCAGGAGAAAUUGACGAAUCAAGACAUGGAGUCUCUUGGAGAUGAUUUAUUGAAGGAAAAACAAAAUUUGGAAAGAGAAAUGCAUGCUUUAAGAGCAGAAAAAGACAGACAGAUUUCAGAAUUGGAGAGUGAGAAGCAACGUCUUUCUGAUGCUGUGGUGUCGCUCCGUGAGCGUGCUCAAUCUCACAGUGAAACAAGGGUCCGUGAGGUAGAGGCAGAGAAUCGCCUCCUACACCAAGGCAUUACUGACACCAGUGCCCGUUUAGCAAGUUUGGAAACUCAACUAAUGCUUUACAAAGAGGAAGCAGAGAGGCUGAGGGAGAGGGCAGCAAGAUGUGAUGAGGUAGAGAGGGAGCUGGUCAGGGUGGAGAGAAACAGGGAUGCUCUUAACAGAGAGGUGACAUCUCUACGUGCAUGCAGUGAGAGUUCAGAGUUUCUUGAGAAGCAGGUGUCCUCCCUGGAGCAGGAGGUGCACAGAUUUAAACGGGAGGCAGUGGAGGCUCAGCAAGGGCUUCAGCAACUGAAGAGACAGGAAGCUAAUAAUAGCCUCCUGACAAAAGAAAACUUGGAACUCCGCUGCUCAGUGGAAAACCUGCGCUCCUCAUCCUCUUUUCUCAUUAAACAACAGGAACAAUAUAAGGAGGCGCAGAAAAAGUUGCAAGAAAUGCAAAAGACGUUGGACGAGGUUGGAGUGGAGUUACAAGGAGAGAGGAAGAGAGGAGAGAGGCUAGAAAUGAAUGUUGCCACACUAAAUCAAGAGAAGCAUCGUUUAGAGGAGGAUAUGGAGAAGUUUAAAGAGGAAAAGGCAGAAUUAGAGAGAGAGAAGCAGCAAAUAUUGAGUAGGCAGGAAGAGCUGAUGAAGGUAGUCGAAGAUCUGUGUCAGGAGCAGAGGAGGAGAGAAGAAGGUGACAAGGAGAGAAGGAAGAUUCUGUCGGACCUGGAACAGUCUGAAAAGGGAAGGAAGCACUUGGAGAAAGAGAGUUGGAGGAAUAGAAUGCUACUGGAAGGUAAGGAAGCAGAGCUGGAAGAGAAGGCUAGUCAGUUGGCUGUAGUGGAGAAAAAGGGUGUAGAUAUGAGAAAAGAGAUUAAUAUGCUAAAGGAGGUGGCAGUCAAAGACAAAGAGUUGGAGAGGGAGAACAAGGAGCUGAACAAACAAGCGACCAUUGACAAGAGAGCUUUGGUUACACUGAGAGAGGAGUUGGUGUCAGAGAAGUUGAGAGUCCAGCAGCACAGUGUUGAGUUGGAAAGACUUAAUGAAGAACUGGAAAAGGUUGGACUGAACCGAGAAAGACUACUACAACAGGAGCACAUGCUGGAAGACAGCAAGUACAAGCUGCUUGAAUCUCGACUGGAGGAAACAGUCCAACAGGCAAUGAAGAUUAAAGAGGGGAAAAUCUCCAGUCUGGAAAAGAAACUGGAAGAGUGCAACACACACAAUGCUACACUACGUACAGAGCUAGCGACUGCUCUUCAGAAAGUGUCUACCUUCCGUCAGCAACAGGAGAGAGAAGAAAACCACAACUCUCGUGGGUGCUCAAGAGGAGAUGGGCGGAGGGAGUCAGCCACAGCUGAGCUGCUCCGUAUCAAAGAUCAUCUCAUAGAAGUAGAGAAGAAUAAUGCCUCGCUUCAGACUCAGAGCAGUUUGUUGAAGGAGCAGCUUAAACAACUGGAGAACCAGAACAGUUCACUUAACAACCAGAUGGCGACACUGCAGCGACACACAACAAUGUUGCAGGAGCAGAAUUCAGCUCUCCAUACUAAGACGGCGCAACUUCAGGUGGAAAACUCCACGCUGUCUUCCCAGAGUGCAUCUCUGAUGGCUCAGAAUGCUGUGUUGCAAGGCCAAGUCACCGCCUUGGAGACUGAGGUAGAGUCAUGGCAAAGACAGCGAGAGGAGGCAUGGCGAGGAAGAGAGAGUGUUCUCAAUGACCACGAGCGUCUUCUGAGCGUUCAUGAGAGGCAAGCCCAUGAGUACGAGCAUUUCAUCAGUCAACACACUGCUCUGAAAGUCAAACAGAGGACACUAGAGAGCGAACACAGAACAAUGUACAGCAAGUAUUGCACUUUGUUACAGCAAAAGGAAAAAUGGGAGGAGAUAGAAGGGCGGGGUCAGAAGGAGAGGGAGGAGCUAAACCAAGAGCACCAGAAAAAUCUGCUACUGCAGCAAGAGAAUCUCCAACUUAAAGCUGAUGUGGACAGGAUGUCACAAAGCGAAUCCCAAAAAUCAGAGCAGUGCAACGAGCUCCAUCAGCAGAUGAAUGAACUCAAGAGCUCAUUUAGCACUGCCCAGCUGGAAAUGAAUCGAUGGAUGACACGAUAUGACUCGCUCAUGGAGCAACACCAGGGCUUGGAACUCACUAUGACCAAAUUAGACAACCACCGUGAGCUAUUAAGUCGCCUGAAAGGGAACCUAGAAGAAGAAAAUCAUCACCUCCUGAGUCAGAUCAACAUUCUGAGUCAGCAGAACCACACUCUGCUGGAGAAAAGCAUGGAGAGCAAAGAGCUUUAUCAUCAGGAGCAGAAGCUCUACAUUGAUAAACUGAAUGCUCUUCGUCGUCAGAAAGAGAAAUUAGAAGAGAAGAUCAUGGACCAAUACAAGUUCUAUGACCCCACACCAAAAAAGAGAAGUCAGUGGUCUGGCGCCAAAGCUUUAGCCAAACUCAUCAAACCAAGGAAGGAGAGCAGCAGGGAGCAAGGUGGCGACCGAGACAAGGAAAGUGCCAAUGAGAGAGAAUGGGCAAAGAGUGCCCCCGACAUACCCCUUCCUGCCCCCCCUCCUUUGCUCCCCCCAGAAACCCCACCCCCUGGCACUCAUAGGACAGGAAGUGACUCCUGGGACAAUGGUCACACCCACAGUAAACAUAAUAAACACAGCAACAGUCCUAUACUGGGCCUCCAGAGUCCAGCACUGACGCCUAUCAGCCGAGCUGGUUUGACUGACAGAGGACGAGAGGUCUAUCGUUGCGGCACACCAGGAGGCAGCAGUGAGAGUGUCAACGGAGGAGAUGGACAAGGUGAUCUUUUUAAACAUAGCGCAAAAACACUUACCCACAAAGCUCUGUGUUCCACCCCGACCCAUCGGUCAUCUUCACUGGCCCUAAGCAGCUGCAGUACUCAGCUGGGACAAGGCACCAGCUGCAGGCCCAAAGGUGUGGUCUUUGAUGAAGACACUGAGAGGAUAUGUGGUCCACGUGGCCACAUCGGAGGUCGUCCAGGAUCAGCCGACUUUAGCCACCACACCUCCAGCUCAAACUCACCGGUCAACUGCAAAGAUGCAUCUGACUGUCAUCUCCGGUCAGCCAGCCUGUCCAGCGAUGAUGUCAGGGGUCUCAGCGAAUCACAGCAGACCUUGUCUCGCAGUGCAACCCUCCCAUACGACCACGCACCCCAGUGGGCCCAACCACAGCAUGGAGGUGGGAACAGGAGUAGUGCUCGCCCUUCAUCUCCUGGAAGUGAGUUGGUGACACUGGAGGAGUUUCUGCAAGAGAGCAAGCUGAAGUCACCACAAAUGGUUUCAACAGGAAGCAGAGAGGACUUAAUGACUGAAUACUUCACCAGAAGUCCAUCCUCCUCAGAUCCCACCAGCAGAGAUCAGCUCACCCCCACCAGCUAUGUCACGCCCACUGUACAUGCAUCUAACCAGAGGCCAGGCCAAAGUGUUAAACCAUCUUCUCGGCAGCCUGUUGGUCAAUCCCAAACCUCUGGCCGACCUCCGACCCAGAGAAUCAACCAGUCACUGAGCAGGACGUUCAGCCUGGCCUCUGCUGAUUUGCUCCGCUCUAAUGGGCCAGACGGUUUUCAUGGAAAUGGCGGGUCCCCAAACCAAUCAGACGUGGCGGUUCGGCGGCAAGGAGGAGGGGCUAAUGGAAGAGAGAGGCCGCUGUCUGCCCGUUUGUCCAGCUCAACCAAUCAGCAGAGAGACAACAGCAUUCUGAACUCACCAGUUCACCAUUUGUCUUCUCUCACGCUGCACACAGAGAGAUAUGUGGAGAGAGAGCGGGAUAGAGGACGGACUCCUGUGUCACAUAACGGCCCCUCGUCGUCUUUCCAUCACCGUGGGGAGGUUGCCAUGGUAACCCCUGUGAGGGUUGUGCCCGCUGCUCAGCUUGGUGAUGCCUUGGAACAUGGAGAGGUGUUAAGGGAGGAGCGCGCAGGUGACAUAUCUCACCAAAAGAAAGACAGUGAGAGAGUGAGAUGUAGCUCUGCGGAACGCCCAAAAAGCACACCUGCAUCCCCAGACCCCAACAACGACUCCCAGACUGUGUGGUAUGAGUACGGCUGUGUCUAAACACUGAAGCCAAUACAAGUAUUCUGUAGGGUCUGUGUCUAAAAAGAGGAACCAAAUACACUGGACCAGAGUGUAUUUUCUGGGGUUUCUAUUUGAAACUGUCAGGCAUAAAUAUCCAGCCCUUCCCAGUUUUUGGAAUGUGGUCAGUCAUGAUUAUCCUCACAAGUGAUGUUCAUCUUUAGCUGGAAGUCGGGGGAAAAAGAGGCCAGAUUUUAUAAAUGGCUCCUGAGUUUAACUGUCACUUCAAAGGCUGAUACUUCUCUUUUGGGUCCACACUGAAACACUGUGUCAGUAUGGCAGAUUGCUGUGCCGACCCUUCUGUCAUCGUCACGAUACUGAUACUGUCAUCAAGCAAACAGUCUGGACCCACGAGAGAUUCUGUUUUAGGAUGAAGAAGGCACCAAAGCUGUGACAAAGUUGUGCUGUGACAAGGGACUUUUAGAUAAUUUUACUGGUUUUACUUUACUUGGGCCAAUAGAAUAAGACUUGUUUAUACUGGUUUUGCUUUACUUGGGCCAAUAGACUAAGAGCUUGUGCUAUUAAGUGCUUUAAGUGCACUUAAUUCAACCUGAAGCAUCUGAAAUAGUGAACAUAUCAAGUAUCAUCUUCAGCGAACACUGGAAAAGGUGAACAGAGAGUGGAAGUGAUGCAAUGGGUGUAAGGAUUGAGAGAGGCAGUGAGAACAAAUAAGUGGAAUGCUGAAAUGAAGAGAGGGCUGGGGAUGGGUCAUGUGAGGACAGCAAAAUAAACAGGGGAGAUCGGAAGGGUUCUGCAACACUGAUACUUCACUGGAAACGAUGCACAGCCUGAGUCAGCACUAGUUCCACUUAGGCGACAUUUCGACCAAGGAGUACAGUGGAGUUAAACAAGCCACCAAAUGGUUAACCCUUAUUCAGUUUGUAACAGCUGUGACAGAUUCAGUCUGUGAAUUCUGAGGCAUCAAACCAGUUAAAUCUGUCAAUGAAGUUGUUUAGUGUUCUCCACCCCAACUGACGGUGCCAAAACGUAAUGAGCCCAAUUUAAUUUCACCUACUAUUUUUUUUUUCCUGAAAUUUUCACGGUUUCUACUUUAAAUAUGUUUGAAGGUUUUGUUUAGUUUUUUAAAGUUUUGUUCAAGCCUGUCGUCUUCCUGUCAGUCAUUUUGGAAAUGAGGUCAUUGUUGGAUGACCUUCAGAAGCAGAGCGCUGUUAUUGAAUUUCUUGCUUUGGAAGGGGAACCACCAUUAAACAUUUUCAGUGGGUUGCAAAAUGUGUAUGGGGAACCCGCAAUCAGCUACAGCACAGUAAAAAAGUGGGUGUCCAGAAUCAAAGGCGAAAAGCAAGUGGCGUGCUUUGAGUCACCCCAAGCAAAGGCGCGGCAGACCAUAUUAAGUGGUUAAUCCUAGAAAUAGUGAUGGCACUGAUCAGAGAAGAUCGUUGAGUCACCAUUGAUGAGAUCACCAACAUGGGAUCACCAUUGAGGAUAUAAACCUAACCACUCCACAUUCUGCAACCUUUUGAAAAUGUUUAGCGGUGGUUCGUUCCCUUUCCAAAGCAAGAAAUUCAGUCACAGCUCUUUGCUUCUGAUGGGCAUCCAACAAUGAUAGUCAUUUCCAAAAUGACUGACAGGAUGAGGAAAGGCUUAAACAAAACAAAAAUUUUUCCCCCCAAUAAACCUUCAAACAAGUAUUUAAACUACAAACCAUGAACAUUUCAGAAAAAAAAAAUCAAUUAUUCGUUAAACUAAAUUGGGCUCAUUAGUUUUGGACUUCCCCUCGUAGGUCAUUUUGCUACACUGACUUUUAGCAGUGGAAACAAUCAUAAUAGAACCAAACUGAUACCGUACUGUACUGCUUUGCGUACACAAGGUUUUAUACACAUAUAAACGUGAGGGUGUUGGUUUAUCAAGCUCAUUGGAGCUAAAUACACCGUGUUUGACAGAUUAUUCUCUUGCUAAACACGUCGAUAACAGCAAAAUACCUUAAAGUGUAGCUUUAGUUUAACGUUGUGUCCUUUUACUUUAUUUACUUAAUAUAUGCAUCUACCACCACACACAACUUAUUUUAAUAUUUUUCUUUUCAGUUUUACCCCAAGAUUUCAUCAUACAAAUUGGUAACAUUUCCUGUCUAAACCUAUACUGUGACCAGAGAAGAGUCCGUGUGUGUGUGCGUGUGUGUGUGAGCGCGUGUGUGUAUCUGUGUGUGUGUGUGUAUAUCUGUGUAUAAAAUAAACAUUUUCCGUUAAUUAAAAAAAAAAAGUUCCUUUAGCUUGGUGGAAAUAUCUUCAAUUAACCUACCAUGCAUGUUUUUGACUGGGUGGAAACUGGAGAGCAUGCAAACUCUACACAGGCAAGGCCGGAUUUGAACACAGGUCCUUAGAACUGUGAGGUGUGUGAUGUGCUAACUAUAUAUAUAUAUAUAUAUAUACACACACAGUGGCUACGGAAAGUUUUCAGACCCCUUUACGUUUUCACUCUUUGUUCAAUUGCAGCCAUUUGCUAAAAUCAUUUGAGUAAUUCUUUUUCCUCAUUAAUGUACACCCACCACCCUAUAUUGACAGAAUUGUUUACAUUUUUGCAGAUUUAUUAAAAAAGAAAAAGUGAAAUAGAACACAGGCAUAAGUAUGCAGACCCUUUGGCUGUGACACUCAUCUAUUUAAAUCGGGUGCCGUCCAUUUCUUCUGAUCAUCCUUGAGAUGGUUCUACACCUUCAUUGGAGUCCAGCUGUGUUUGAUUACACUGAUUGGACUUGAUUAGGAAAGCCACACACCUGACUAUAUAAGACCUCACAGUACAUGUCAGAGCAAAUGAGAAUCAUGAGGACAAGGGAACUGUCUGAAGAGCCUACAGACAGAAUUUUGUGGCAAGGCACAGAGCUGGCCAAGGUUACAAAAACAAAUCUGCUACACUUAAGGUUCCUAAGAGCACAGUGGCCUCCAUAAUCCUUAAAUGGAAGACAUUUGGGAUGACCAGAGCCCUUCCUAGAACUGGCCUUCCGGCCAAACUGAGCAAUCGGGGGAGAAGAGCCUUGGUGAGAGAGGUAAAGAAGAACCCAAAGAUCACUGUGGCUGAACUCCAGAUAAGCAGUCGGGAGAUGGGAGAAAGUUCUAGAAAGGUAAUCAUUACCGCAGCCCUCCACCAAUCGGGGCAGAGUGGCCCGACGGAAGCCUCUCCUCAGUGCAAGACACAUGAAAGCCCGCAUAGAGUUUGCUAAAAAAACAAAAGAAAACACCUGAAGGACUCCAAGAUGGUGAGAAAUAAGAUUCUCUGGUCUGAUGAGACCAAGAUACAACUUGUUGGCCUUAAUCCUAAGCGGUAUGUGUGGAGAAAACCAGGCACUGAUCAUCACCUGUCCAAAACAGUCCCAACAGUGAAGCAUGGUGGUGGAAGCAUCAUGCUGUGGGGGUGUUUUUCAGCUGCAGGGACAGGGAAACUGGUUGCAAUCAAAGGAAAGAUGAAUACGGCCGAGUACAGGGAUAUCCGGGACGAAAACCUUCUCCAGAGUGCUGAGGACCUCAGACUGGGCCCGAAGGUUCACCUUCUAACAAGACAAUGACCCUAAGCACACAGCUAAAAUAACGAAGGAGUGGCUUCAGAACAACUCCGUGACUGUUCUUGAAUGACCCAGCCAGAGCCCUGACAUAAACCCAAUUGAGCAUCUCUGGAGAGACCUGAAAAUGGCUGUCCAGCAACGUUCGCCAUCCAAGCUGACAGAACUUUUUUUUAAAUAAAUCUGCAAAAAUUUCAACAAUUCUGUUUUUUUCUGUGAAUAUGUGGUGCUGUGUGUACAUUAAUGACGCAAAAACUGAACUUAAAUUAUUUUAGCAAAUUGCUGCAAUAUAACAAAGAGUGAAAAAUUUAAGGGGGUCUGAAUACUUUCCAUACCCACUGUAUAUCUAUAGUGCUUUCUGUUAAUAGAAAUCUGACCUUCCAUCUUUUUGACAGCAAAGAGACAAAAAAGCACUCGAAAGAUGACAAGGAAGAGAUGUUUACACUGGAGUUGUUAAGAUGAUGAUAUGAGGAAGCUUUCUUUCUGUUCCCGUGUGGGGUGUCAAGCACAUUUCUAUAUGCAACAAGCUAAAUUAUUGUGACUGUACAUACUGGGAUGUCUUUUUAAAGUUUGACUUAUUGUACCAAAACACAGUUGAGCUGUAAUUUAAAAAAAAAAAAACAUGUAAUUCCACUGGAGAUGUUAUUUAUAGAUUUCAAUACUUUAAAAAAAUUUAGAAUUUUGAUUAAUUAGUGGAUAAGAUAGGAAAUGAUGACGUGAUGUCACUUUUGGUGUUUUCACUUCCCAACGUUUUUACUCUAUUACAUCUUUGCAUCAGGCAGGGUGUUGGUGGGUGUCAACCAGUUUCAUUUUGCUGAUGUCAGAAGAAAAUAGCUUAAAUUCCUCGAGGCUAUGUUUAUUUUUAUUUUUUUAUGUUUUUUUUAAACGGCCUGAAAUAACACACACUGUAUGUGUCUGGCAUUAUUACUAUUCUAUUGACUGUCUGAAAGGAAAGUGUAUUUGCGUUGCUGUCCUAUUUUAUUUUUGUUUGUCUACCAAAAUUCACCCCCGUCGCCCACAGAAGAAUUUUGCAGCUUUGGAUAAAGACGUGAGGGUGGCGCUGAUGUCAAAGACAUUUUCUGUUGUAACUGGAAUAAAUGCUUGUGUAGUUCCCUUUUAUUAAGUAAUCUUGACUGGGCUGCUGUGAUGUGACUAUUAUUAAAAGGCUAUUAGACUGCUAGAAUAGUUAAGACUAUGGCUGACGUUAUACUUCACUCUUUUGGCAAUAAAAACCUUUAAACUUGA